CUGAGCAUCUGAUUCUGGUAAGUUUAAGGAGCUAUAAAUCCAUUUGGAAGCCUAAAUCUAAGAUCUGGCUAAUGAGCUCAUAUCUGCCUCAUCAUGUCUGAUCUCAAUAACUCUGAAGUCAAGUUUUUCCUUCUGAUUGGGAUCCCAGGACUGGAACAUGCCCACAUUUGGUUCUCCAUCCCCAUUUGCCUCAUGUACCUAGUUGCCAUCAUGGGCAACUGCACCAUUCUCUUUAUCAUAAAGGCAGAGCCCUCGCUUCAUGAGCCCAUGUAUUAUUUCCUUGCCAUGUUGGCUGUCUCUGACAUGGGCCUGUCCCUCUCCUCCCUUCCUACCAUGCUGAGGGUCUUCUUGUUCAACACCAUGAGAAUUUCACCAAAUGCCUGCUUGGCCCAAGAAUUCUUCAUUCAUGGAUUCUCUGUCAUGGAAUCCUCAGUACUUCUAAUUAUGUCUUUGGACCGCUUUCUUGCUAUUUGCAAUCCCUUAAGAUACAGUUCUAUCAUCACUAGCAACAGGGUUGCUAAAAUGGGACUUAUUUUAGCCAUUAGGAGCAUUCUCUCAGUGCUUCCAUUUCCCAUCACCCUAAGGAGAUUAAAAUAUUGUCAAAAGAAUCUUCUUUCUCACUCAUACUGUCUUCAUCAAGAUACCAUGAAGCUGGCCUGCUCUGACAACAAGAUCAAUGUCAUCUAUGGCUUAUUCAUUGGUUUCUGUAUUAUGCUGGACUUGGCAUUGAUUCUUUUGUCUUAUGUGCUGAUCAUGAAGACUGUACUCAGCAUUGCAUCUUUAGCAGAGAGGCUUAAGGCCCUAAAUACCUGUGUCUCCCACAUUUGUGCUGUGCUCACCUUCUAUGUGCCCAUCAUCACCCUGGCUGCCAUGUACCGCUUUGCCAAGCACAAAAGUCCUUUUGCUGUAAUCCUUAUUGCAGAUAUGUUCUUGUUGGUGCCACCCAUUAUGAACCCCAUUGUGUACUGUGUAAAGACUCGACAAAUCUGGGAGAAGAUCUUGGAGAAGUUGCUUCACAUAUGUGGGAAAUAAGAAUGUGAAUAAUUAGGUAAUAAAUUAUCAACCGGUAAGCAUUUACUGGCAUUUGCUAUGUGUUUAAGGCUACAGAAGUCACAAAUGAAGGACUGGAGCAAGGUACUGAAAGCUGUGUAGUGCAGAAUUUAUAAUAAAGUUGAGAAUAUAAUUUAACAGGAUAGAAAAAAAUAAUCAAGAGAUGCAUAAGAUAUAGAGGUUUAAUUAACAUUUUAAGAGGAGUCGAAACAAAACACUCAUAUGAUGAAGCAGCUGGAUUUGAGCCAGCCCACAAAGAAUUAAUAAAAUUAGGGCAGAUUGAGAUUAUCAUUCAACUAGUAUCUAGUACAGAUGAUAUACAAAGUCUAAGCUCGUGCUAUCAAGGAAAGGUAAAAUAGCAGAGCACAUGGCAACUAUGAAGGAUGCUGAUCUGAUUAGAAUAGAAAGUAUAAUUUAACAAAUAGCAAGUGAUAGUUUUGCAUAAGAUAAGUGAACCAGAUUUUGGAGCACUUAAGAAAAGCUUUGAAAAGUCUAAAUUCAGGAGGUAUUGGAAUGCCAAUUUAGUCUCUGCAUGAUAAAUUUAAAGAAGAGAGUGCCUGUAAGCAUGAGCAAGAUGGAUUGAAUUUGGGGAAAAUGAGGAAGAUUGACAGGAGAAGGCACAAUAAUCCUGCUGUAAAGUAAUGACUUAGGAAAGGCAGGGAGAGAGCAAAAUCAUUUAGCUGUUAUUGUUAUUUUUUUUCUAAAACCAACAUGUAAUUUAUAGACAAUUCUCACACAUUUAACUAAGUGACUAAAAGAUAAUUUUAAAACCCCUAUGAUUUUGCUGUUCAGUUUUUUCCUGUGAUUUAGUCUUUCCCUUCACCUUAAAAAAAGUUAGCCCUUCUAAUGUUUUUAAAAAUUGAUUCCUGCUGGACAUGGCAUUUGGCACCACAGUAUUUUUCAUGGAAAUUUAUAUUUUAAACUGUUUUCUUAUGUACAGAGGAAAUAUUUUAUGGAAAAAUCAAAAGAUUGCAUAUUCAGUUGAAAAUACAAUUUGAAGGAUGAAAGUUAAGACUGACAUGGCAAUCUCUCUGGGGUACUGAGGUAAGAGUGUCUUAAACAGGAAAGAAAAGCUUUUCAAAGGAACUGGACGUUUGAAUGACGGAUUUGAAUUUUGUCUUGAGGAUUUGGCACAGGUGAAUGAAUAUUCAAAAACCGGUAACUACAGAGAAUUUGAAACAGGAAACCUAGAUGCUGCUUAU